UAACAUAAUAUUUAGAAUUAGAGCUACAGAACCAGCACCAUCACAAUCUCCAUCUCCCCCAGUUAAUUUUUAGGUUUCUUUUUCACAUUGAUUGUUCAUGGGCAGUUAUCAUUUUUCCAGUAAUGAACGACUUAAAAAAGGAGGGUGCAAUGGAAGAAAAGGAAAACCAAUCACACACAGUUUGGUGUAAUGUCUUGUCUCCUUUUCACCACAACAAGGCUUCAUCUUCAAAGUGGGGGAUUCAAAGUGACGAAAUAAGCACCUUGUCUCAAGUGGGUAAUUUCUGAUUUGUGCCCUUAAAAACUUUAUCUUUACCCUUAAGCCAACAACAAGAACACUCUUAGCACUAUCUUUGAGGUGAGCAGCUGCAAAGCCACCAUCAAACUUUGAGGUCAAUUUGGACAUCAACUCAAGAUUGAGACUUUUACCCUUCCCCACAUUCCAUGGAAGAGCCACCCCCACCAAACCCAUCAAAGAAAUACAAGUUCCUCCUGGUUUCAACUCUCAAAGAUGCCUUCUCCAUCUGUCGAUCUUGCGGCGGCCAUAUAAGCUCUCUCCAGCAGCAGCAGGAUGAGGAUUAUGUUCCCCACACGACAACUGAACUCGAAGAUGUUGAUGAACACGAAGUUGUCGUGUCAGCAAUCAGGAGCAGAGCCAUGGAGAAGUCGAAGCAGAAGGUGUUUGUGAUCACAGAUAGCUUUUCAGGGGAACUGCUCUUUAGUCCUGAGAAGCAGAAGGAUGGAGAAGUUGAAAAGGAUGAAGAUUUCUUCUCCGUUGGGAGCUGUCUUUCGUGUUGUUCAAGCGGGUUGAGCAAGGGGGGCGAAGAUUUCUUCUCAAUGAAGACAAACUUGUUGUCGAGGUGUUCGAGCUUGAGUCAGGUAGAGUUCCCAAGUUUUCACAGGCGGGUUUCGAUAUUGCAGGAGCUCUGCCACUGCCAAGGGUGGCCAUUCGGUCUCUGCAGGAAGGCUGUUUUGCUCCCACCUCUGCCUAAGUCUCCCUCUGAUUCCUGGCUAUGGCGGAAAGGCACUAGACCAGCCAGGCUGCCUUAGAGUUCUUGCAGCUUGCAAUAAAGACGAGAACCUUAACCUUGGAUUCUUUCUGAUGUAACCAUGAAAAUCAGGAAUUCUAAACAGUUCUUGACUGGGAAAACGGAAUAGUAGAACAAUUGGGCAUAGGAGACCUCAAGUUACAGCAAAGAUCUGCAUUUUAAGGGCUGAAACCACCAAUGUCGAAAAAAGCCAGACAAACCAAUCAAGAAAUCGAAUUUUCCCCCUCUCUCCAUCAUGUGCCAGAGAGCACAAAGCGAGUAGACAACUUGAAGUUGAACUUACCAGAGUGAGUGGACAAUCUCGUGGACCGCUUGGUCAAGAUGACACGAAGCUCGCCGGAAUCGCCUUCAAAGAUGCAGACCAGAACCGCCGCUCUUUUGGGUCUGAACCUAUCGGGUCGAUUCGCAAUCGGGGUAGCCGACUCUUGAAAACCCACCUGGGCAAUCACCUUGCCGGCAGUUUCCUCCAUGGCUUGCUCCUAGAUUUCGUCGGACGAUGCAGCUGGCGGCUCGUAGAGGCGGAGCUGUUGGGCCAGAGCCAGCAGCCGGUUCGAUCCGGAAGCGCCCAUGGACACCGGGAAAUGGCGCCGCCGUUAUGGGAAGGAUGAAUUGAAUUCUCAGUUUUCAACCUUGGAAUUCUGGUGCCUCCUUUUAUAAAGCUUGAACUGGGAGGGCACUAAAGAACAAAACCAUUUUUCUGGGAUUGAUCGAUUGCGAUUAGAUUAGUAAUUGUAGGGUGGUUUUGCUAUUGUUAAAUAGAUAUAUUGUUGAGAAUGCAUGUAUAAUAAUAUUAUACAUAUAUUGUCGAAUUUGAUGCAUUGUAGAAUACAACAUUUGGUAUGUG